AUGGUGAUUUUGCAGGAACUUUUCUCCACAUUGCUGCAAGCAUCAGAGAAAUCCUGGCAGGGUCAGCUAAAUGAAGAUAAAUUGAAGUGCAAACUAAGAGCCCUUGAAAAUCAGCUGCAGGCUUGCACCCAGAGUUACUCAAAGGAGUGUGUGAAGAAGAUCCUGAUAGAGAUGGAGGACCAGAAACAAACCUAUGAGCAGAAGGCAAAAGAGGCUCUCCAGAAGAUGCUGGAGGACAAACUCCAAGCAGAGCAGCAGCUGCAAAACUCUCAGAGGACCCUGGCAGCCACAAGAGAGGACCUUGCCUUCUGGAAAGAGCAUGACACCAUGCUCAAAGCUGAAUUAACCAAAAUUACCACAGCACACACAGAGCUUGAAAACAACUUCCACAUCUUACAAAGUGAGCUACAGAGAGCAGAUGCUCAGAAGGAGCAGCUGCAGCAGGCACUGCAGAGCCUGCAGAGCGAGCACAGCGCGCUGCGCCACAGAGCCAGUGUCCUGCGGCAGGACAACGACCUCAAGGCUGAGCACAUCAGCACCAUCGAAGAUAAACUACAAAAAGAACAAAAGCAGAAGGUAAAACUGGAGGAAAUAAUCAGCCAUUUACACAACCUGAUCCAGAACCAGAACAACCAACAGAAGAGUCAGGAGGGAACAGAGCAAAGGAAAGACCAGGUUCUCACCAUGCAGACUCCACCUCUCACUCCUGCCAAGAAGAAACAAAACGCUCUGUUAGAGCACCCUGAGAAGGAGGGAGAAGAAAAUCUGAAGGUUGAGGUGCAGAAAAGGACAUCCCAGCUCACAGCAAAGGAGAACGAGGUAUGUGUGGACACAGAGGUGGCAGAAGUGUCCCGUGCUGGCAGUGCCCGCGCGCGGGUGAAACGCUGCAGCCGCUGCAGGAGGAGCUCUGCCAGCCUGGGGGGGUACAGAAGGGAGGGGAUCCCUCCUGCUAACAGCUCCUUGCUGUGCUUUCAGUGCUCAGAGCUGCGCUCAGAGCUGGAGGCCCUGAGUGAGGAGUAUCGUUCCUGCCUGACCAGGCUGCGCCAGUGCCGCGACGAGCUCAACCGCUUCCACGGAAAACAGGCCAAG